CAGCGACCACAGAGAGAGAGAGACAGAGAGGAGAGAGUAGGUCCACUUUCUCUUCCUUUUUUUAUGAUGCAAGCCUCCAGCUCCAGGGCGAAACAGGGAAUGGUACACAGUACAGUACUGCAAUUCAAAGGGGCUUCAACGGGGAAGAACACAAAACAAACCAAUAGAUAAAGGGGAAAAAGAGAGAGACGGAGCAGAUAUUUAAAAAGUAAAGAGAAGAAGACUGUUGAGAAAGCAGGUUUUUUUCUAUUUCGGCUAAUGGGUCUCUCAAGAGAUUCAUGGCUUUGAUUUUUCUUUUGAGAAAACCAUUCAAGAAAUUGACGAAAAGGGGAAGAAUUUACAAACCCAUUUUCGAAGAAAUUGGCGAAAGGAGGAAGAAAUUACAAACCCAUUUUUGAAGCACAAAGAUGAUAGGAGAACAAUAUAACAACAAUUUGCUACCGAAUGGUGGUGCUUCUUCAGUUUUUGUUUCUCCUGCUUCUCUACUGGAAGUAAACUGUAAGAAAAGUGCAAACUUUACAGGCAAUGAACCCAUUUCUGUGCUGGAUACAAGGAGUCCAAGCCCCUCAACGUCUACAUCUACUCUCUCCUCUUUUAAUCAGCCAACAGCCACCGCUGCCAGCGUUGGAGUUGGAGGUGAAGGAAAUGAAGGCCUGAUGGCUAACUUGAAGCCUGGUGAUAAUUCUGGCAUGGAGUUGAGUCAUGGGUUGGCUGAAAAAUUUAACCUUGGACAGGAAGAUUGGGAGAAAUUGUUGUCUGAAUCUGCAGUCCAAGAUCAGGUUCUUCUCCAGUGGAUUGCCGGCAAUUCCGAGGAUUCUCCGGUGAUUUGUGGAUUUGAGGCCUUGGCUACCGGUGGCUCUGCCAUUUCACCCGUUGGUAAUGUUUUUUCGAGCCCGAAUCCUUCUGCUUUAGGCCCUUUUGGUUCUGAAUUUUCUUUGAGUGAAAACUCCAAUGUUGAAAAAAUUGGUAACUUUGUUACAUCUUUGCCUCUUAGCGUAAAUUUUGAACAGCAAUUUGGUACAUUAGAACAGAAGGCGCAGAUUUUUAACCAACAGGUUCAAAAAGCAUCAAAUCUGAACAUUUUGAGCUUGAACCCUUCAUUUUAUGGUACUCAACAAGAUUAUCACCCCCAUUUUCAGCGACAGUCAAAACGUUGUAAUCUGGGCAACAUGAAUUUAAACUUAGGCUCUGAGAAUGCAAGCAGUACUUUUGUUGAUCUGGGUCAUGAAAUGUUGCUCCCAUCACAGUCACAGUUUCCUCAAAUGGAGCAGCCUCCCGUGGGUUAUUGUCAACAGCCUAAUUUUAUCCCUCUGAGUCAACUUCAGGAGAAGCCAUUAUUGGUUCCCAAACAAGAGACAAAUGGUGGCAAUGUUGAGAAAAUGGUGGCCCACCACCAUCGCCAGCAGCAGCCACAACAGCAGAUUGCAUAUGACCUGGUCUAUAAGGCUGCUGAGUUGAUUCUGGCUGGAAAUUUCUCUUACGCGCAAGAGAUAUUGGCGCGGCUCAAUCAUGUGCUCAUACCCAUAGUGAAGCCAUUUCAAAGGUCUGCUUUUUAUUUCAAGGAGGCUUUGCAAUUGGCCCUUUUAAUGUCCAACCCAAACGCCUCUCCAACAAUGAGGAAUCCCACACCAAUUGAUGGUAUGUUCAAGAUGGGUGCUUAUAAGGUUUUCUCUGAGGUUUCACCCAUUAUCCAAUUCAUGAAUUUUACUGCUAACCAGGCCCUUCUUGAAGCUCUUGACUACGCAGAACACAUACAUAUUAUAGAUUUUGAUAUUGGUUGUGGUGCUCAGUGGUCCUCUUUUAUGCAACAGCUACCUACGAACAAUAGAGGAUUAGCCUCGUUAAAGAUUACAGGCUUUGCUUCUCCCUCAACCCACAAUCCGGCCGAGAUUAGCCUCAUGCAUGAAAAUUUAACCCAGUUUGCUAACGAUCUCGGGGUUAACUUUGAGCUUGUGGUAGUGAAUGUUGAUUCUUUUGACCCAAAUUCGAGUCCAUUGUCCUCUUUCCGGGAAUCAGAGAGUGAGGCCAUUGCUGUUAACUUUCCUAUCUGGUCGUUUGCAAGUCACCUGUCUCUACUAUUUCCAUUUCUCUGCUUCAUAAAGAAGCUUUCACCAAAGAUCUUGGUUUCUUUGGAUCGCGGAUGUGAACGAGUUGACCUCCCGUUCUCAUGCCACAUUCUUAACAUGCUUCAGUACUAUGAAGCUCUACUGGACUCUAUUGAUGCUGCUAAUAUUCCUUCAGAUUCUGCUAGCAAAAUUGAGAAGUUCCUCUUCCAACCUGGGAUUGAAAGUACUGUUUUGGGCCGUCUUCACUACCAUGCCCCGAUGCCUCCAUGGAGGAGUCUUCUUUCUUCUGCAGGAUUCUUGCCCGCUUCAAUCAGUAACUUUGCUGAAACUCAGGCUGAAUAUUUGGUGAAGAGAACCCGAGUAACCGGAUUUCAUGUAGAGAAGAGGCAGACAUCACUUGUGUUAUAUUGGCAGCAAUGGCAGCUCAUGUCAAUUUCGACUUGGAUAUGCUGAGGGUACAGUUCGUAUGUUUGCCAAGGUUUUAGCUUACUCUCCACAACUGGAAAUCAUUUUACUAAACUGGAUUUCAAUUAUAGCAUCUCAUAUGCAAGUUGAUUGUUGUGAAUUAUAUUGCUUUGUUCUCACCUGCUUUUGUUUAUGUAAUAUUGACUUUAGUCAAACUUAUUGAGAAAAAACUUGCUUUCUAAUGCUUUAUAAUUUUACUCUUGUGAAUGCAUUGCUGCUAGGUUCUAAUU